AUGCAAUCAUGGCUCAAUAUUUCAAAGGAUCGAAUUGUGGGAGUUUAUCAAAAAGUCGAUAGCUUUUGGUUAAAAAUCACCGAUAAUUAUAACCAAUAUCGUGGGCAGUCACGAGAAAAGCUUCAAGGCCAAUUAAAAUCUCGAUGGCAUCGAAUAAAUGGUCUUGUUCAAAAAUUUGUUGGGUGUUACAAACAAGCUGUUUGUGAAAAAAAAAGUGGGGCAUCCGAGAAAGAUAUCUUAGUCAAUGCACAUGCUUAUUUUGAACAAGAUGAAGGUGCACCAUUCAAUCUUGAGUAUGCAUGGCGGCUUUUAAAAGAUGAACCUAAAUGGAUGGGAGCAUCCAUCGAAAAUUCUUCAAAGAGAACAAAGAAUUCUGUUAGCGGUGCAUACACGACAUCACCAAACUUAGAGACACCUUCAAGUUAUGAGUUUAACUCAUCAUCUCCAAUGGAGCGUCCAAUGGGACAAAAGGCGGCAAAACGAAAAGGUAACAACAACUCAACGACGGAAAAAUUUAACGGUCCUCAUCCGAAUCUUGCAACAAGAUUACAAAAAAGACAAACUCUUCGUGAAAAACAAGUUCAUUGCCAACUUCAAGGAGAUCUAGUCGAGCAUAUUUGGGAACGUUUUGGACAUGAGGACGAUGAAAAUUAA